AGGAGAUGAGCAGCAGAGAAAGCAAAGAAGCGAUUCGGCAUCCCAGGCUUGCCUUCCCCGAGCAGGCAAGUAAACCCAGAGCACAUCCCACCGGCAAAGCCCCCAAAUCACCACCGCGGAAUCGAGCAGAGCAAGAAUCCGAGCUCGACCCAUGGCGGAUCAGGACGCGGCCGAGCCGGGCCCGCCGGCGUGGCCCCCCUGGACGUCCCUCCUGCUGCGGGCCAUGAGCAAGCGCCGGACCUGGGCGGCGCUCUUCCUGGCUGUCUACGCCGGCCUGCUCUCCUCCUCCUGGAGCCUGCUGGGGUCCGUGCGCGCCUGGUACUACACGGCCGCCGCCGCGGCCCCGGCCGGGGUGUGGCCGGCCGCGCUGUACGCGUCCGUGAUGUACGGCGCCGUGUUCGGGCUGCUGUCCAUGGGCGCCGCGCUGGCCGUCGCCGCGCCGGCCAUGCUGGUCACCUGGAUCACCGUGCUCGUGCUGCUCGCCUUCGCCGGGAAGCCGCGCCGGUCGCUGGUCGCCGAGGGCCGCCGCGCCACCGCCGACAUCGCGCGCCUCGCGCUCCGCGUGCUGCUCUGCGAGGGCAACGCCGUCGCCGCGGUCUGCGCCGCCGCCAGCUUCGCCGCGCUCCUCUUCGGCCGCCGCGACGGCGACGCCCGCGGCUGA